CCGUACACCGAGCCGCAUUCCUCGGCCCCCCUCCCCCCACCGCACACACCCCUCCCUCGGGGGACCCCCGCCCCCUUGGAGGGGGAAAAAAAAAAAAUCCACACUCCCCCCCCCCACACACACCAAAAUCACUCGAACCCGAGGGAGGCUUCCUUUCACCCUCGGGGAGACGAGCUUCCUACGGUUCCCCUCUUCUCCAUCUCCCCCCUCCCCACUCCCUCCCUCCCCGAACCCCCGUCCCCUCCUCCCCCUUGCUCCCACCCCCUUACUCCCGGGCGCCGGGUGCAAGGUCCCUUUAAGGCGACGGCGCCUUCCUCGGGUCAGACUACCGGCGGCGGCGGCGACGACCACGGGAGCAUGGCAGACACCGACCUGUUCAUGGAAUGUGAGGAGGAGGAGUUGGAACCAUGGCAGAAAAUCAGUGAUGUUAUUGAGGACUCAGUGGUUGAAGAUUAUAAUGCAGUGGAUAAAACUACUCCAGUUUCUGUGAGCCAGCAGCCAGUCUCAGCUCCAGUGCCCAUCGCUGCCCAUGCUUCUGUUGCUGGGCACCUCUCCACAUCCACCACCGUUAGUAGCAGUGGGGCACAGAACAGCGACAGUGCAAAGAAGACACUUGUCACGCUAAUUGCCAACAACAAUGCUGGCAAUCCUUUGGUUCAGCAAAGUGGACAGCCGCUCAUUCUGACCCAGAAUCCAGCACCAGGUCUGGGUACAAUGGUUACUCAACCAGUAUUAAGGCCUGUCCAGGUCAUGCAGAAUGCCAAUCAUGUGACUAAUUCCCCUGUAGCCUCACAACCAAUAUUCAUCACCACCCAGGGAUUUCCUGUAAGGAAUGUUCGGCCUGUACAAAAUGCAAUGAAUCAGGUUGGGAUUGUACUGAACGUCCAGCAAGGCCAAACGGUUAGACCAAUUACAUUAGUUCCAGCCCCAGGUACACAGUUUGUUAAGCCGACAGUUGGAGUCCCACAAGUGUUCUCUCAGAUGACGCCAGUGAGGCCAGGUUCCACAAUGCCUGUGAGACCCACCACGAACACCUUUACCACUGUCAUCCCAGCCACUCUGACCAUCCGAAGCACGGUCCCACAGUCCCAGUCCCAGCAGACCAAGUCCACUCCCAGUACCUCCACCACUCCCACUGCUCCGCCGCCGGCCUCACUGGGGCAGCUAGCUGUUCAGCCCCCGGGCCAAGCCAACCAGACCUCAAACCCCAAGCUAGUGAGCAUCGCCAGCUUUGUCACCGUGAAGCGGCCUGGGGUGACAGGCGAAAACAGCGGGGAAGUGGCCAAAUUGGUGAACACCCUCAACACCGUCCCUUCCCUGGGCCAGAGCCCCGGGCCAGUAGUGGUUCCCAACAGCAGUCCUGCCCAUGGCGCACAAAGAGCCAGUGGCCCUGAAUCUUCACUGAAAGUGGCCUCUUCCAUCCCAGUGUUUGACCUCCAGGACGGUGGACGGAAAAUAUGUCCGCGGUGUAAUGCUCAGUUCCGUGUUACCGAAGCUCUGCGAGGUCACAUGUGUUACUGCUGCCCAGAAAUGGUUGAAUACCAGAAGAAAGGAAAGUCCCUGGACUCAGAACCCAGUGUCCCGUUGGCAGCAAAGCCUCCAUCGCCUGAGAAGACUGUUCCUGCUACUUCCACGCCUUCUUCUACGCCUAUUCCCGCUCUGUCACCACCUACCAAAGUCCCAGAGCCAAAUGAGAAUAUCGGUGAUGCUGUGCAGACCAAACUUAUCAUGUUAGUAGAUGACUUCUACUAUGGCCGGGAUGGUGGCAAAGUAGCUCAGCUCACAAGCUUCCCGAAGGUCGCCACGUCUUUCCGAUGCCCUCAUUGCACCAAAAGGCUAAAAAACAACAUUCGGUUCAUGAACCACAUGAAGCACCAUGUCGAGCUCGAUCAGCAGAACGGGGAGGUGGACGGCCACACUAUCUGCCAACACUGUUACCGCCAGUUUUCUACUCCCUUCCAGCUCCAGUGCCACUUGGAAAAUGUUCAUAGUCCCUAUGAAUCUACUACCAAGUGCAAGAUCUGUGAGUGGGCAUUUGAAAGUGAGCCACUAUUUCUCCAGCAUAUGAAGGAUACUCAUAAACCUGGAGAGAUGCCUUACGUUUGUCAGGUGUGUCAGUAUCGCUCCUCUCUCUACUCUGAGGUGGACGCCCACUUUCGGAUGAUCCAUGAGGACACCCGGCAUUUGCUCUGCCCUUACUGCCUGAAGGUCUUCAAAAACGGCAAUGCAUUCCAGCAGCAUUACAUGAGGCACCAGAAGAGAAAUGUUUACCACUGCAACAAGUGCCGGCUGCAGUUUCUCUUUGCCAAGGACAAAAUUGAACACAAGCUUCAGCACCACAAAACCUUCCGCAAGCCCAAGCAGCUGGAAGGCUUGAAGCCAGGCACCAAGGUGACAAUCCGGGCUUCCCGAGGGCAGCCACGAACUGUUCCUGUGUCCUCCAGUGAUACCCCUCCCGGCGCCUUGCAAGAGGCCGCACCGCUGACCUCCACAGAGCCCCUGCCUGUGUUCCUCUAUCCCCCCGUCCAGCGGAACAUCCAGAAGAGAGCUGUUAGGAAAAUGAGUGUCAUGGGCCGGCAGACAUGUCUGGAGUGCAGUUUUGAGAUCCCAGACUUCCCAAAUCACUUCCCUACUUACGUACACUGCUCUCUGUGUCGCUAUAGCACCUGCUGCUCCCGAGCUUAUGCCAACCACAUGAUUAACAAUCACGUUCCACGGAAAAGCCCCAAGUACUUGGCUUUGUUUAAAAAUUCUGUGAGUGGAGUCAAGCUGGCCUGCACGUCAUGUACCUUUGCUACCUCUGUGGGAGACGCCAUGGCCAAGCAUUUGGUGUUCAACCCCUCCCACAGAUCCAGCAGCAUCCUGCCACGGGGACUCACCUGGAUAUCUCAUUCAAGGCAUGGCCAAACUCGGGAACGAGUGAACGACCGGAACCUGAAGAACGCGUGCCCGCCUGUCCCCGUGCCCCCUGGCAAAGCUGCGCCCGCGUGCUCUCCGGGAGCCGAGCCCGGGGAGCCGCCGCUGCCCGCCCCGCAGCCCGCGCCCGCCUCGCCCGCCGCCUCGCCGCCCCCCGCCGCCGACGAGGACGCCGACGCGGACGCGGACGCUCCCGGCGAGGGCAGCCCGCUCGCCCAGGAGCCGGAGCCCGAGCCCGAGCCCGAGCCCGCGCCGGCGGGCGGCGGCGGCACCGGGCUGGGCCGCAAGGAGCAGCUGUCGGUGAAGAAGCUGCGCGUGGUGCUGUUCGCGCUGUGCUGCAACACCGAGCAGGCCGCCGAGCACUUCCGCAACCCGCAGCGGCGCAUCCGGCGCUGGCUGCGCCGCUUCCAAGCCUCGCAGGCCGAGAGCCUGGAGGGCAAGUACCUGAGCCUCGAGGCCGAGGAGAAGCUGGCCGAGUGGGUGCUCACGCAGCGCGAGCAGCAGCUGCCCGUCAACGAGGAGACCUUGUUCCAGAAGGCCACCAAGAUCGGACGCUCGCUGGAGGGCGGCUUCAAGAUCUCCUACGAGUGGGCCGUGCGCUUCAUGCUGCGGCACCACCUGGCCCCCCACGCGCGCCGCGCCGUGGCCCACACGCUGCCCAAGGACGUGGCCGAAAACGCCGGACUCUUCAUCGAGUUUGUACAGCGGCAGAUCCACAACCAAGACUUACCUCUGUCCAUGAUCGUGGCCGUCGACGAGGUCUCCUUGUUCCUGGAUACGGAGGUGCUGAGCAGCGACGACCGGAAAGAGAACGCCCUGCAGACAGUGGGCACCGGAGAACCUUGGUGCGAUGUGGUGCUGGCCAUUCUGGCAGACGGCACUGUCCUCCCCACCCUGGUCUUCUACCGUGGACAAGUGGAUCAGCCUGAUAAUGUGCCAGACUCGAUACUGCUAGAGGCCAAGGAGAGUGGCUACAGCGACGACGAGAUCAUGGAGCUUUGGUCCAGCCGGGUGUGGAGGAAGCACACGGCUUGUCAGCACAGCAAAGGCAUGCUGGUGAUGGACUGCCACCGCACCCACUUGUCGGAAGAGGUACUGGCCAUGCUCAGCGCCUCCAGCACUUUGCCUGCAGUGGUCCCUGCGGGCUGUAGCUCCAAAAUCCAGCCGUUGGACGUAUGCAUCAAACGAACUGUUAAGAACUUCCUGCACAAAAAGUGGAAGGAGCAGGCUCGGGAAAUGGCAGAUACUGCAUGCGAUUCCGAUGCCCUGCUUCAGCUGGUGCUGCUCUGGCUGAGUGAGGUGCUGGGCGUCAUUGGGGACUCCCCAGAGCUAGUUCAGAGGUCCUUCCUUGUGGCUAGUGUCCUGCCGGGCCCCGAUGGCAAUAUUAACUCACCUGCCCGCAAUGCUGACAUGCAGGAGGAGCUCAUCGCCUGCCUAGAGGAGCAGCUGAAGCUGAGUGAACAGUCCGAGGAGCGCUCGGCGUCCACUCCGCGGCCCAGGUCAUCUCCCGAAGAGACAGUUGAGCCCGAAAGCCUUCACCAGCUCUUUGAGGGGGAAAGUGAGACGGAGUCCUUCUAUGGUUUUGAGGAAGCUGACCUAGAUUUGAUGGAAAUCUGAGUGCUGGGGUUAUGAGAGCCUAUGAAAAAGGGGUGGGAAGGUGAGGGAGGGUAGAGGGAUUUAGGGAAAAGGGGUAUACCAGUGGGGUAUUUGAUUUAUAUUUUUAAUUCUAUGCUGCCACCACCCUGAUACUGACUUAUACUUUCCUGUGAAUUUGUGGAUUAGGAAAACCAAUAGUAAUCACUUCUGAGCCGAGGAGCUGGCCCAUUGGUCAUUCACUUUUUAAAAACAGGUUUUUGUGACCUUUUUUGUUGUUCUUGUUGUUCUUAAUUUAAAUCAUUGUGCUUGGUAUUUUUUGACAAAAUCAAGAAAAAGAAAAAAAAAUCCUUUGUGAACAAAUGUUGAAUUGCUUUGUUUCCCCUUUUACCUCAAUUGUAUCAUAGUGCUCCUGGUUCUGUUUCGCUGUGUGGCCAGUGUCCUUGGCAUGAUACUAUCUAAUCAUGUUAAUGUGAGAAUGUUUCUGAAGAUGGAAAAGACGUGUAGCUCACAAACUGGUCUAUCAUAUAUGUGGAUAACUUUUUCAUUGUGGUCUUAACACUUUUAUAUAAAAAUGAAAAUGAAAAAAUCCCACUGAACUCUUUCCUCUUUCCUUCCCACUCCAGAGCUGUUCAUUCCUACAGCAAUUCUAGAUGUAAAAUUGUGGCUUUAAAAGUGCAUGAAAUCAUCCAGAAUGAAUAGAUUUGUCUUUCACCACCCUCCCCACAACAAAAACCUGACUAUUUUUUGCACUUAUGAACCUUGGCCCCUUCACCAUUUUCACACUAUCCAUCAUGCUGGACAAAGGGGCACACGUGUCCUUAGCAAGAGGGACUGAAGUGACCAAAACAGUGUUAGGGUGGAAGCCAUUCCCGGUUUACCUGUCUUUGCCCUGUAAACCACUCCCCCCUACCACCCCUGGGGAAUCCCUGCCUGACUGAACGUACUGUUAGCGGACAGCGCGUCUGCUCACAUUUCAGGGCUCACUGGGCAGAUGUGACCAUGUGAACUCGCUUACGUGUGGCUUUCGUGGUUUCUCAAUGCUUCAAGAGGUAAACUGAUAUGAAGAGAGUGUGGGGUACACACAAAGAAAAACACACGAAUCUUUUAUUUUUCACUGCCAGCUUCAAGGAAAAAUAUUUACACUGCAUGAGGGAUUUUUUUCAAAGAAAACUAAGUACCCAUGGUUGUAGACAAAGCGCACAGUACCACAGAGAAAGGGCGAGAACUCGGUCUGCUCUCCCUCGGCUCUACCCCUCACUCCUGUCCAUCCUGCAGCUCCCGGCCAUGGUUCGCUCCUGUGAGCCAAGGAAGCAGCCUGCUCAAGCUUGUAAAUGGUCUUUAACACAUGCAGAAGCAGAGCAUUUAGUCAAAUGAAAGGAAAUGCACUUAGGAACUCUUUUUAGGUGUUUGAUGGGCUUUCACAAAACAGGCUGUGACAUGUGCUGCUCCUCAUUUCCCUGCCCCCCGCACACUAGAAAGUAGACCUGGAGCAGCAGCCCCUCCCAGAGCAGCUGCGCCAGCUUGAACCCAUGGCUUCCGGAAACAGCUAAGGAUCCACCUGGGCUUCUCUUCCCCACAUUUUUACCCAAUGCCAUUUUAUUAACUGGACUUUUCAGGUCAACCUCUGCCUUUGAUAAAGUUGGAAAACUGUGGCGGUCACUUCUGUAUGCGACCUAACCUCCCUCUGAUCUCUGCCGCAGCCACGGCUUAGCAGAGCUGGUCCUUGCCCUCUGCACACUGACUUCUUGUGGGUAACUUUUAAGGAUCAUGGCAACAGUGGAUCAGCUGGGUUUUGACAAGGAAGUUGUCUUUGUGGACUGCCUGCAUGGCUUAGUAAUAGAAAGAAGUUUUCGGGGUUUUUUUAUAUAUAUAUAAUUGAGUUUAAUCAAUAAACGUAUUUAUUGACAA